CAGCCCUACCUGACACUUCCUGCGCGCGAUGUGUUUCCUUUUUUCUCCGCGUGACGUUCGUGUAGCUCGCUGUCAUGUUUGUGUACAUCUGCAGAACUAUAUUUAAUCAGCGCGCGCGCGGCUCGAGAGCGGGGGCUCGGGGCUCGCGGGGGGACAUACGGGGCGCCGAGGAGGACAAGAAGACACGGUGGAUGUAGGAGAGCAGAGAACACGCCGCCGCCGCCGCCGCUGGGUUAUACAGCUAUAUACACACUGUUCACUGUACACACAGCACGACACACUCACUGAGCUGUGUGCACUAGCCUAUAGGCUAGCUAACACACACACACACACACACACACACACACACGGGUCCACCCUCAGGGACUACUGGUUGAAGACCCUGCAGCAGCAGCGAGGACCCCCCCACACAUGUGUGCUGUUCUGAUAGGAAUGGAUGAUUGUUUAUGUGUGGGGUCCGGCUAAGGGCCACCGUUGCCCUGGCGUGUGCCCCCCGUUGGCUCAGCCACCAGCAUGUACCGCAGAAACGGCCUGUCGGAUGGUACCAGUAUCAGCUCCGCCUCCACAGAAGGUAGCAGCAGCUUGCUGUCGCUGGACGGGCCGAGUGGCGAAUGUGCCAAAAGCUAUGAUGCGGUUGUGUUUGAUGUGCUAAAGGUGACACCAGAGGAGUUUGCGAGUCAGAUUACACUGAUGGAUGCACCUGUGUUUAAAGCCAUUCAGCCAGAGGAGCUCUCUAGCUGUGGCUGGAACAGGAAGAAGAAGCACAUUCUAGCACCCAAUGUAGUGGCCUUCACACGCAGGUUUAACCAGGUGAGCUUCUGGCUGGUGAGAGAGAUCCUCACAGCUCAAACACUGAAGAUCCGUGCUGAGAUCCUGAGCCACUUCGUGAAAAUCGCAAAGAAACUGUUGGAGCUGAAUAACCUCCACUCUAUGGUGUCUAUAGUCUCGGCUCUGCAGAGCGCUCCUAUCUUCAGACUGAGCAAGACCUGGGCGUUGAUCAGCCGUAAAGACAAGGCCACAUUUGACAAGCUCGACUUCCUGACCUCAAAAGAGCAGAACUACACCCGAAUGAGGGAAUACAUCAGCUCCCUCAAGAUGGUGCCCUGCAUCCCCUACCUGGGCAUUUACUUGCUGGACAUGAUCUACAUCGACUCAGCCUAUCCUGCAUCCGGUAGCAUCAUUGAGACCGAGCAGAGAACGAAUCAAAUGAACAACCUCCUGAGAGUCAUCUCAGACAUGCAGAUGUCCUGCAGUUACGAUCAUCUCGUGACACUUCCCCAUGUGCAGAAGUACUUGAUGUCUGUUCGGUACAUCGAGGAGCUCCAGAAGUUUGUAGAAGACGACAACUUCAAGCUUUCCUUGAAGAUUGAACCUGGGAACAGUUCGCCACGCAUGGCCUCCUCUAAAGAAGAUAUUGCAGAGGUGUCAUUCUCUAUGAGGUAUAGUCGCAGGCCUACAUGCCCCGAUGCCACAGUUGGGGUCCGCAUGCCCACACCCCCACCAUCACGCCAUAGAAAGAGCCAUAGUGUGGGAAACAACAUGAUGUGGCAGUUUGGCAUGGUGGAGAGUAAAAGUGCCACAUUUCCUGCGGAGAAACCACGUCAUCUGCUCGACGACAGCUUCCUAGAGUCUCAGAGCCCGACCAGAAACCAGCCCAACAUCUCCUUAGUGUCAAAUGGAGCAUCUAUAGGAAGCAGUGAGAGUUCGUUCUAUGAGGAUCUCUCUGCAAGAGUAGAGAGGGGGCGCAUGUACUCCACACUGGGCCCCAACUGGAGGGUCCCGCUCCGCAACUCACCCCGAAGCCACAGUUAUGCCUGCAGUUCAGCAGCAGUGGAACCUGGGCGUGGUCUUGGGGCAGCAGGUGGUCCCACUAUGGAAGGCCCUCUAAAGAGGAAGACCCUGUUGAAGCAGGGCCGAAAGCCAAAGCUUUCCUCAUGGACGCGGUAUUGGAUCACGCUCUGUGGCUCCACACUGACCUUCUACGGCGCCAAAGCACUUCGAGGCAAAGAAAGAAAACAUUACAAAUCCACACCCUGUAAAAAAGUCUCUGUGCUGGGCUGGAUGGUGGUCCUGCCAGAUGAUCCGACACGACCCAAUAUCUUCCAGCUGAAUGAUGCAGAUAAAGGUAAUGUUUACAAGUUUCAGACAGGGUCCCGCUUCUCAGCUAUCCUCUGGCACAAACAUCUGGAGGAUGCAUGUCGGAGCAAUAGACCGCAGACACCAGCCAAUCUCAUGUCAUUCGAGUAAGAGGCCUUGCUCUAGCCUUAAAAUGUGAAAAAGUGCCAAAGCUCUCUUUCUGUAUGGGAAAAGAGAAAUGAGUCUGAGAAGGAGAGAAACAGUGAAUGGAUACGGACGUUGGCGGGGUAAUGUCCACUGAGCCAAAGUUCUGUUGCUAACUUGUGGACUUUUCCUCUGGCCUGGCCAAAGCUCCUCAGCCGGGGCAGAGCUGGGCAGAGCUGGUCUGUGUCUUGUACUGGGAAACGAUGUGGAGUACUUCAGACUGUGAGGAAGAGAACAGUCUGAACACUUUAGUUCCCCGCCCCCUUGCCUUACCUGGAAGCUCUUUGAUCCUUUUAUUUAAUUGAAUUUGUUUUUUUGUUUUUUUUAGUGUUCUUGUCUCAGUGCUGUGAAACAUGUCCUUUAGCCCAUGUUGGGUUUGCUUAUUAUACUGUACAGAGUGGGGACGAGAUUAGGUUCUGCACACAGAGUCUCACAUUCAUUAGAAGUACAUAUAAGCACUGUUCUACAACAUAACUGGAGCCUGGAUGGAGGAAAUGUCCUUGUCUCUCUGGAGGCCUUAUUCAGCCACACAAGAUAUACUGCAGGCCCCACAGGGACGAUAAUUCAGUUUUAUAUUCUACUACUGCGAGGGCAAACAGCCACGGCUUGCACUCAGAGCCAUAGAUACACGAAGCACAGCUGGGCCACCUGCUGCCAUACUGGCUCUGACGAACCACUGCUGUGUGUGGAUCUGUGUAGAUCUCAGCCUGCUAUUUACUGUCAGUGAAGCUGUAAGGGAAUGCACAUGCUCUGUUGCUCAUUAUCAUACACACACUUUCUUACAUAAUGCGAUAUAUGUUUUUUUUUCUCAUUUUAAAAGGAUGUCAUGCUUGUAUUAUGAAGUUAGACAGGGACAGGAACAGAUGAACAUAUCUUGGCCCCCUAAGCAUGAAAUUUCCCAAUACUAUAAUUGGUAUUAACCUAAAGUGAAGAAUGACUUCUGAAUCUUGAAAAAAACGAAAUUUCCCAUUCCACCUUAAAUGGUGUAUCUAAUUAUUUCGUCUUUCCAUUCAAAUAAUGCAUCUGGUAGUUAAUUUAAGGCUGUAAAGAUACACAGAGUAACAUCAAUAAUCAGUAACAUAAUUGGCAGCUACCUGGCGUGUUUCUCAUUUGCAUGAAUCCAUUUCUUCAUCAUUUUGCAGUUGCUUUUUUCUUUUUUUUUUAACUCGGCUUGUAUAUUAUAACAUUAUUGAACAAGCUAUGGUCUCCAUAGGUUGUUUGGACUAUGUAGGACUUAUAAGAAGAGUAAAAUGCUGGUAAAGAGCCUCCUAGUGGCUGGAAAGCCUGGAUACAUGCCCAGUAGACUUGGUGGGUCAUUUUUUACUGAAGUUAAAGGAGAACUCCGCUCUCCCACAGCUUUCAGAGAUCCAGUAAUUUUGUGGUUUUUGCCCAGCAUUCUUUGCAACGAAGUACCUCCACACUUCAUUUGUAGAAUCUAAAGAGCCCUGAUACUUAAAACAAGACAUUAAUAACUUGAAAAGUGCAUAUAAAACGUAUUCAAAAACACUGUUUACAUCCCGUAGCGCAGGUUUAUCUAAGGGCCUGGCCAUCUUAAUGUAAAGUCAUGAUCAGUACAGUGAUGGAGGCGCCCGGAGCUGUAGCUAAAGCUACAGGUUGUAAACAGUGGUUUUUAAUUAGCUUUUUGUGCACUUUUUAAGUUACUAAUGCCUCGUUUUAAAUGUCAGGGCUUAUCGAAUUCUAACAAUGAAAUGUAGAGCUAUUUUGAGCCUGGAUAAAGGUGUAAAAAGCGAUUUAUCUGCAGGAGCUAAAUAUGCCCCAUAUCAUCCACUCUAAAGCAUGUUUGGAGAAACUGCAAGAAAAUACUGGAUCUCGGAAAGCUGCGGGAGAAAGGAGGUGGGCUAUUCAACAAAGUUUAGUACUCUUUAUCAUGUUUUACUACACCAAAAGUCAAUUUUACACCAGAUUUCUCCUUUAAUAUAU